GGACUCAGACACCAUGAUGUCUUCAACUCUGGUGUUGAAUCUUCUGCUUCUAGUUUCCAUUGCUUCAGCAGGACAUUAUUAUGGAGGCUCGCUGUCCUUCUCACCUAAAGGAAUCAAUCCAGACGGGAGCAUUAGGGUCGACUUUCGCAUCAAGCAAACCUAUGAUGAGACUUUGUGUUAUUACGAACCAUAUAACUGCGUCUCUGGGAAUUGCGGGUAUGUGAGCAGACAAAACUAUGCAACGAUUGAUCGCAGCUCUAAUGGAAGAAGCGGUUACACUAACACUUGGUGCCAAAAUGAAGCUGUUGUGACAAGAAACAUCUAUGGGAAUAUGCCAUUUGACCUGCAGGACUAUUCUUGCUGCUGGGUGCCCACAGUUAACGGUGUUGGUUCCUGGAGACUCUGGACACAUGUGGAUCUUGGCUUAAGAUCUGACACUAAUAAGCCCAACCAUUCCCCUCUGAACACUAUUUUACCACUUUUACGUGUUCCUCAAAACUGUCCUCGUACAUAUCGCUUGAUGGCUUUUGACCCAGAUGGCGAUAAGGUCAGAUGUCGAUAUGGAAUUCAACAGAAUAAUGAAUGUGACACAUGUAACCAGCCCAGUGGUUUCCAACUAGACCGAAAUGCCUGCACUCUAGACUAUAGCUAUACCUACAACACAGGAGUCUAUGGAUUUGAACUGGUUCUGGAGGACUUCCCAAGGCAGCACAUCAACCUGUCCUACACUGAUGGAACCCAGUCAUAUAGAUGCCCUCUGGGGGGUGGAAGACACAAACGUGCACCUAUGUCCUGGUGGUAUACAAGCCCUCAAACUACAACUCAGUCAUCCACAACUACACCAGGAUGGCUGGUGCAAACUACCACGCUUCCACCUACAACUACACCAUGGUGGUGGUGGUGGUAUCACCAACAAACUACCACGCUUCCACCUACAACUACAACUACAACUACAACUACACCAUGGUGGUGGUAUCACCAACAAACUACCACGCUUCCACCUACAACUACACCAUGGUGGUGGUGGUAUCACCAACAAACUACCACGCUUCCACCUACAACUACAACUACACCAUGGUGGUGGUAUCACCAACAAACUACCACGCUUCCACCUACAACUACACCAUGGUGGUGGUGGUAUCACCAACAAACUACCACGCUUCCACCUACAACUACACCAUGGUGGCUUUGGCUGCAGACCACACCUGCCACUACAACAUACCCAAACCAACAGUUCACCACAACUACCAUACCUCCACAUCAACGUUCUUAUGAUCCACUGAGCAAGAUCCCUCUGCAAUUUAGUCUCCUUGUUGACCCACCUGCUCCUUCCUGCACUGAGGGACUCUACAUUCCUCAUUUUGUGUCACCAACUCCACACAAUGGAGAACAAAUUCAUGCUACACCACUCAAUGAACUGGAAAUCCGAGUUAAAGCCACAGCAGCUUAUUCAACGGUUUCUGAUGUCAUCAUUAGUGGCCCUCAGAACAUAACUAAGCACCCUUUGAGCACUGGAGAGUACGCCAUCAGAUGGACGCCAAUGAUGGAGGAUGUUGGAGAUUAUUUCUCUGUCUGUUUCAUUGCGGAGAGCUCAACCGGAAAUAGCAUUUAUCAGUCUGAAAUGAGAUGUGUCAUUGUCACUGUUGGACGACAGACUGUCGAUGCAAAUGUGAUUUGCACUGGAACCAACAUGGUCAUUGAAAUUGAGCAGGUGAACUCUGUCAGGCUGCAUAAGGACUAUCUGCGACUGAACAAUCCCAGCUGCACUUUAGACUCAAACGGGACUCAUGUGUUAGCAAACAUUUCCCUCAAUGCCUGUGGAACUAUGAUUGAGGAGGACGACCUGUACAUCAUUUUUAAAAAUGCAAUUAUCUCGAUGGACGACCCAAACAGCAUCAUUACCAGAAAACACGAGGUGGAGAUUGAGUUCUCCUGCCGUUAUGAGAAGAGCAACAACGUUUCACUGCAGUUCACAGCACAGAGACACAUGACCACCAUCACAGAGAAAGGCUUCGGUACCCUCACAUAUCGCUUCGGACUCUACGAAACAGCAGACUACACCUUAAAGAUGGACCCAAACACAUAUCCUGUGGAGUAUGAGCUCGGUCAAAUGAUAUACAUGGAGAUCGAAUCCCAGUCUUCAAUCAACAACACUGAGCUCUUCGUCGACUCAUGCAUUGCAACACCUUUCAAUGAUCCCAACUACCAAACGCCUUAUUCAAUCAUCCAAAAUGGGUGCAUCGUGGAUGAUACAGUACAGUUCUACACAAGCCACAAGCCAAUGGUCCGCUUUGCAAUGGAAGCCUUCAAAUUUAUUGGACUUCAUGAUCAGGUGUUUAUCAGUUGUUCAGUGAUCCUAUGUGAGGCAAACAAUCCCAAAACCCGCUGUUCACAGGGCUGCAUUAACAGCACAGUAGCUCCACCAUCACACCACCAUCGCAAAAGAGAAGCUCCCAUCCAGACCUCCAGUCACUUCGUCUCCCAGGGACCCCUGCGACUGAAGAGGAGUGUUGAGCGUGAAGCAUCCUCCACGGCUUUGAACCUAAAUCUAGUUUUCAUAGCUGGAUGUCUCCUCGCAGUUGUUGGUAUGGUGUGUGCUGUUCUGAUCUACCGAACCAGGAAACCAGAGGUCAAAUAUCAACCACUAAAAACAGCUGAAAUUUAAUGGAUUGUCUCGCUGUUUCAGGGCUUUGAAAGAUUUGUUUCAGUUUGAUCUAAUGUAUUUGUUCCUGUUAAUUCAUGUAUUAAUAUACACAAUUGGUUGUUAGGGCUAUUUUCAUAACUUAGGUCAGCUUUGAUUGGCUGCACAUGUAGUGCAUAUCUUUACAUGGAACUUUUUUGUUUGCUGCUGACAAAGUUUAAAUAAAAAUGAAAAAAAAAAAAACAAAGAGCAUCUGUUCAAUUGAAAGAAAAGUUCAAACAAUAUAUAUCCACAAAGAGAAAUAAACAAGCAUACAAGUUGGUUUUCCCCUGAUUGUUUCCCCAGGUUUUCCUCAUUCCCUUGUUUUCCCUUGUGUAUUUAAGCCCUUGUUUUCCCCUGGUUUCUUUGUCAGUCUUCAUCUGUAUUAUAUGUGCUUUGUUCCCUGUGUUUUGUUUCAUUAUGUUCUGAGUUAUCUGGUUUACCUUUAUUUUAUUAAAAAGGCUGCAUUUAGAUCCUCA